AUGGAUUUACUGGUGGAUAGAAUGGAGAGAAAGGAUAGGGAAGGUGUUCCUACUUUUCUCUCGAUGGGUGGACAGAAUAACAGGUGGAGGAUGGAGAAGUUGAGGGCACCUUCAAUGGGUGAAAGAUCCUCCAGGGACAUUCCUUCCAAAUUACAGAAGUCUCCUAUUAUAGCUGUGAAUAAUGUCCCUAUAACAACGAUGGGGAUUAAUGCUGAUGAACAAGAUCGGUCGAUAGUAAAUUUACAACGCUACUUCACGAACGGUUAUGACGAACAUGCCAUGAUCAGUGAUUCAGAGAGUGAAGACGAAUCCCGGAGUUAUAGUCAGGGGAAACAACUACAUGGACACGCAUCAAACCGACCAGCCACUACAUCGAAAAGUAUAAGGAAACCGCAGUCUGCGGAUCCAGUGUUUGAUUUCUCAGCAGCUGGAACGGGGAUGUUUAGUGACUUAGAGUUCAACUUUCCUGUAAGUCCCAAGAAUCACACCCUGGCCGUGUCACAUAGUCCGAGUCGUAUCCUGCCAUCGGCAUCAAUGUCGACGACGGAAGAGUCCCUGAAUAGCCCCAGAGAAUCUAGAAAUGGGUCUAUGUCGGAGAUGUCGUCGAUGGGGCGUCGAAACUCGAUGUUUCUGUCGACGCCCAGUUCGGCAUUCAUGAAGAAUGGUAGAUCGAUGUCCAGUCAUUUUAGUUCCACUAGUAGUAUGAAUAAUAAGAAGAGACUAGUCAACCAGUUUUUAAAACCUAGUGAAAUGGAGAAUGAGGCCUCACAGAUGCAAUAUCAUUCAGGGCAAUGGCAUCAGACACAUCGUCCAUCGACAUCAUCAUCUAGCGCAUUGUCUUCAUUACAUGGACCAUUCCGUACAAUGACUUCGUCGUCAUCAUCAAACGAGGUAAACUUACCACGUCGUGAGAGCAAUAAUAGUUCGACUUCGUCAAGUUACACACAAUUGCACAACGUCCUUUUCAAAGAUUUGGACGCGACACAGCAACAACAAUCACCAUCAUUAUUAUCGACGACAACAACAACAGGCAUGCAGGGCUGGACCCUGAAUUCGUCAAAAUCUUCAGCGUUCUCGUCGAUGAUGAAUAUGUAUGAAUUAAAUACUUUUGAGGACUCUAAAUCUGUUAUCCCGGCUACAGCAACGCCUGAGUUUCGUUCAGUCGAUUAUAAGGGUAUCAAAGACACCACUACAACGAACAACAAAGACAGUCGGGAUGUCUUGAAGCAACCACAACACAGGGGUCUUUUACAAAAUAAUACAGAGGAUCCCGAUAUGUCGCUGUAUUACGAGAAGCAUAUCCAUAGGAGUCUUUCGAACUUACAAACAAAGCUCAGAGAUACGUUCCAAAACAGCGUAAUACAAGAAGAGACCAAGUUUACUUCAAUGUUACAGCAUUUCGAUCAACUCACGGAAGACUACGAAAAGGUCAAUGAGAGCAUCCGUGAACUCCGUCAAGUCGUGGAUACCAAUUACGACACCAACGUCAAACAACGGUUUAACUUAACAGACGAAGCAUCGUUCCAAUGCCAGAUGAACUGCACAAUGGUAGAGUGUGUGAAUGAUCUGCAGAGUCUCGAGGCCCGCAUGCGUGCAUGCCAGGACAAACUGACCUCACAAAAGGAAACUAUCCGUAAGCUAGACAACCUACUGGUAGUCGAAAACUCUCUCAGAGAACUUGACAAAAACACCCUGUCAGUGCACAAGUACAAAUACUUCGUCUGUGAUGUCGUCCUCGUAGCUGUCCUUGCCAUAGCAGUGAUGCUGUACCGACAAACCCCAUCCAUAUGA